ACCCCGGGUUCUGUCUCUGACCCCGGACGAACCGAGCCAGCGAUGAGUCUGCCGCGGGCCGAGCCCCACGCCCAGCCCCGCGCACUCACGCGCUGAGUCUUCCCACCCGGGUCCCGGCCCCGCAGGGAGUCAAUGAUGAUCUCCACAAAGGUGAUGGAUGUCAAACUUCGGGAGACCGCAGAGGGCCUUGGAGAGGACAGCACAGGGAAGAAAAAGUCCAAGUUCAAAACAUUUAAGAAGUUAUUUGGGAAGAAGAAGAGAAAGGAAGCACCAUCAUCCACGGGAGAGAGCACCUGGAAGCAGAGUCAUGUGCCAAGUGAUGUCAUCACUCUUGAGACAGGACCUGUGGGUUACGACUCAGAAGAUGAACUUGAGGACUCCAGGGGUGCCCUGGGCAGUCGAGCCCUCUCACAUGACAGCAUCUUCUUCCCAGAGGCUGGCCAGGACCCAGCACGGCCUGUGAGGGUAUUUUCCCAGGAAAAUGUGUGUGACCGGAUCAAAGCUCUGCAGUUAAAAAUUCAGUGUCAUGUGAAAAUGGGGCCCCCUCCUCCAGGGGUCCUCCCGGCCAAGCGUGUUGAGGAUACGGGUAUGAGCUCUGAAGACGAUGGACUUCCCAGAAGUCCCCCAGAAAUGUCUCUGCUGCAUGAAGUGGGACCCAGCACCACCAUAAAGGUCUCCUUAGCCCCCUCUCCCAGGCUCUCCCCCAGGCUGCUGGCCCCGGACCAUGUUUUCUGCAGGCAGAUGAGCGAAGCCAGCGUCUUGCCCAGGACCUCCCGCAGCAGCCUGGCCCCCGUGGCAGACUUUGAUUACCCCCCUGAAUUCUCUUCCUGCCUCGACAAUUCUGCAGCUAAACACAAGCUCCUGGUCAAGCCACGCAACCAGCGGUCCAGCAAAAUGCGGCGACUAUCCUCGCGAGCACAGUCGGAGUCCCUGAGCUAUCUGCUGGACCCCGAUGAGGAAGACUAUGAGGAGAAGCCAGUGCUCAAAGUCUGUCCACAGGACAAACCCAGCUCUGGACAGCAGGACGCAGUGGACAAAAGGCCUGAGUCCAGGGUCGUGGGCUCCACACUGCAGCCAGAGGGUCCCCGUGCCAGACGGGCCCGUCUCCAGCACAGCCCUGCCCUGCGCAUCAGUGGGGACGAGGAGAACAGCCCUGGGGACCAGCUCCCAAGCCGCCCGGCCUCACCUGACUUGGCGUCAGACCCCAUAUCUCUGCAGGAAGCCAGCUCGCAACCUCCUACUGUUUCCAAGACCCAGCCCGACCCUCUGUUUCUCAGAAGUGCAGGGGACACAGCGGGGAUACAGCCAUACCCCUGCACACCCCAGGGAACCAGGCCAGCCCCCAUGACAAACACCCCCAGCACUGCAGAGCCAGAGGGGCUGGAGUACCUGGUGUCGCCUGAAGGGGAGCUGAGGCUGGAGGUGCCCCUGUUGCCGGUGGCCAGGAAGGCAACCCCUGAGGCCCCCAAGCCUAGCCCACGUAUCUCCCGGAGCUGCCUAAAGCACAAGGCCUCAGCCCCGAGCCCCCAGGUCUCCCCCAAAGCCCCCACGUCCAAGCAGCUGCCCCAGGAACCCACCUUAGGUCCCCCAGACAGUGAGCUCACACCCCCGAGGGCCCCCAAGACUGAACAGGCAGACACCCUAGGGAGCCCCAAAACUAUACAAGUAGAGAUGUCCCAGGGAACUCCCAAAACUGCACAGGUGGAGAUAUUCCAGAGGAUCCUCAAGACUGAGCAGGUAGAUAUGUCCCAGCAGAUCCCCAAGACUGAGCAGAUGGAACUGCCCCAGGGGACACCCAAGACUGAGCAGGUGGAUGUGUCCCAGGAAACACCCAAAACUGAGCAGGUGGAUAUGUCCCAGGAAACACUCAAAACUGAGCAGGUGGAUGUGUCCCAGGAAAGCCCCAAAACUGAGCAGAUGGAUAUGUCCCAGGGUACCCCCAAGUGUGAGCAUGUGGAGAAACCCCUGGAGACUCCCAAUACUGCACAUGUGGAGACCCUCCAGGGGGCCCCCAAAACUACAGAGAUGGAGAUACCUCAGGGGACACCCAAAACUGAACAGGUGGUGAUGUCUGCGGGGACCCCCAAAACUGAGCAAAUGGAGAUGUCCAAGGGGGCCCCCAAAACUGAACAUAUGGAGAUGUCUAAAUGGGCCCCCAAAGCUGCACAGGUGGAUAUACCCCAAGGGACUACUCCCAAAACAGAUAUGGACAUACCUCAGGGGACCCUCAAAACUGAACAGGUGAUGUCUGAGAGGAGCCCCCAAACUGAGCAUUUGGAAAUAUCUGAAGGGUCCCCCAAAACUGAGCAUAUGGAGAUGCCCCAAGGGAUCCCCAAAAUGGCACAGGUGGAGAUGUCUGAGGGGACCCCCAAAGCUGCACAGGUGGAGAUGCCCCAGGAGACUCCCAAAACAGCAGAUGUGGACAUACCUCAAGGGACCCCCAAGACUGAGCAGGCAGAGACACUCUUGGAUACCCCUAAAACUGCACAAGUAGAAAUGCCCCAGGGGACCCCCAAGACUGAGCAGGUGGAGAUGCUCCAGGGGUCCCCCAAGACUGAACAGGUGGAGAUGCUCCAGGGGACCCCCAAGACUGAGCAGGUAGAAACACCUCUGGCUACCCCCGAACCUGCACAGAUGGAGGUAACCGAGGGGACCCCCAAGACUGAGGAGGUGGAGGUGCUCCUGAGUACCUCCAAAACAGGGCAGGUGGAGACGCCGCAGGGAACCCCCAAAGCGGAACAGGUGGAGACCCACCAGGGGCCCCCCGCCGCGGAGCGGGAGCCCAGCAGGCGCCCCAAGCAGGGGCUGGAGGUGGGCCGGGACGAGUCGCGCGCACCCCGGUUCUCCGUGUCGCCGCGCCGAGCGACCCCGGUCCAGGUGGCGGGUCCCGGCCCCGGCUCGCGGCUGCCCCUGGCGCGCAGCGGCCCGGCCUGGCGGAGCGAGGCUGCCCCGGAGCCCCCGCAAGGGCCCCCCGCGGACUCGAGCCCCCGGGACGCCGCCGACCGAGCGCCCUUCCCGGUCAAGCUCCGCUCCACGUCCCUGUCCCUGCGGCACCGCGACGCGGCCGCGCCCGGGCUUCGGGGCCCCAAGCGCCACAGCGCGGAGGUGAGGCCGGAGCCGCCCGCCAGGGACCCCCACAGCAGAGCCGGUGGAGACGUCAGGGACCAGGGCGGCCCCAGCACCCCGAGGCCCGGGAAGGGCCGCGCCCCGGAGCCCCCCGCCGCCAAGCCGCCCCUGCCCAGGAAGCCGCUGCUGCAAGCCCUGACGCUCCCGCCGCAGCCCGCACCCCCGGAGCCCGGUACCGGGGAGCCGCCGAGAGGGGCCAGGAGGGACAAGAAGCCGCACCCGCAGCGCGGAACAGAGAAAUCCCAUCUGUCUUCGGCCCUGGGACCAGGAGCUGAUAGCCAACCCACCCCGCCUUGGAUAACUGUCUCUCUGCACAAGCGAAGAGGGACUCCGGAGCUGCCUCCUGAGCAGGAAGACAGGCCAGGAGCAGGAACCCUUCAGGCUGAAAUGGGAAAGCAAGCCAAGGUGUCCACCAAGCAAGCCGAUUUUGUCCGCAGCAAGUCCUUCCUAAUCACCCCUGCAAAGCCCACCAUGGGGGGCCGGGACCGAGGCCAGGGGACAAGGCUUCAUCUCCAGGAGGGGCUGCAAAGAGGAAUCUCUUUGUCACACCAAAACUUGGCUCAGGCUGCCAUGAUGACGGAGAAAGAAUUGCAUCAGCUGAAGAGAGCCAGUUAUACCAGCACGGAUCAGCCGUCCUGGAUGGAACUUGCCAGAAAGAAAUCUCAGGCUUGGAGUGACAUGCCCCAAAUUAUAAAAUAGAUUGACAGCUGUGCUGACAAAGAACAGUUACUACUUUGAUGGGCUACUUGUUAAAAGCAGCCUCUAAAUACAGGCAAACAAAUCAAGACAUUUAAAAAUGAUUUUUAUCAUCAAGUGAUAGGAGGCCCCCUUGGAGGAACCAAACAGAAUCAGGACAAGAGGAGAGACACACAGACUCCAUCCUGGCCUCCAGGUGCUCCCGACGAGAGCACUGUUGAAAAGAGCCAAGCACACAAUCCCCCUGCUCAGUGUGGAAGUAUCUUUCAGAAUUGUCCUGGACAAGAGGCUCAAAAGCCAAUGAUUUACGACCUGAAAGUCAGAGCUGUGAGCUCAAAGAGGAGUCUAAGCAUCCAUCAGCUGCUUGCAUCUCUGGGCAACAUCUCUCCUGUGGUCCUGUCUUCUGCUUGUAUGUCUAUAGCAGGUCGGACAGGGGAGCCACUUCUCAGAGCAACCAGCAAACAGGCAUGUCCCUGGCCAGGAGGCACUGGAAGGAGGCUUGGAUGGAGCAUGGCUGGGCUCACUGAAACAUGGACCAUUUCUCAAAAGAAUUUUUUAAUAUUCCAUGAGGCAUCUCUGUCUCUCACUCUUGCACAAUGCAUUGCCUGUUCAAUAAAAGUUUUCAAACAUG